AUAGCUUCUCCUCUUAAACACUACCCAAAUGAAACUAUACUCAUCGGAACACCAUUUUGAUUACCCAUGGACCACAAUUACCGCCGCCAACUGGCAGAAGUACCCCAAUGAAAUGUCCAGUCAUGUCAUCGGCGUUGACGUGCUAAGACGUGAAGUGUACCCCGAAACAAAGAUUCUCAGGACCGAAAGACUCAUCACAUGCAAACAGCCUGUUCCAAAGUGGUUGUCGAUGUUGACAGGCGGUGAUAACAUUUCAUAUGUGAGAGAGGUUUCCGAGGUUGACUUGGUCAACCGCACUUUAACCUUGAGAUCCAACAACAUGACCAUGAACCAUUUGCUCUCUGUCUACGAGGUAGUUGUAUACAGACCAGACCCGGAAGAUCCGAACCGAACCAUCUUCAAACAAGAAGCCGAGAUCACUGCGUAUGCAUCCUUCAGACGAUUAUGUGAUAAGAUCGAAGAUUUUUCCGUUGAGAGGUUCGGCCAGAACGCCUUGAAGGGGAAGAUUGGGUUUGAGGGAGUUUUGCACUAUUUAGACAGUGAGUGGAUUGAAAACCGCUACUUGAAGCACGUUAGAAAGGAGUUGAACGUUGUUACUCAGGAAGCCACCGAGAUUGUGAGUGACGUUACUAAGAAGACCAGUGUCAUUUUGAGCGAGGUUAACGAAUUGACGUCGGAAGUUAUCAGCGAAGUUGCUGGUAAGACCUCCGGUGCCAUUCAGGAAGUGUCAGAGAAAACUUCAAGCGUGUUGAGCGAAGUCACCGAUAUCACUUCCAAAACCAACAGUGUGUUGUAUCAAGUUACCAGAUUAGUCAAGGGGGGUAUUUUCAGGGGAUCCAACGACUAGACCAUACCAGCUCUGACGUUGAUUUCUCUUCUAUAUGCGUUUAUUGCCAUUGCAUUCUUCCACACGUUAGAUCUCCUAUAGAGAUUCUCCCUGUGGAGAUCCUCUCUUUUUGAAACCAUAGAUAGAUGUUUUUAUGACUGUUAUGAUUAUGUGUACCUUUUUGCCCUCGAAUUUUCAUGUAUAUAGUGUCUUUUUCCUCCAAUUUAUUGUUGAGAUCACAUCGUGACUUUCCAAUUGCUAUUCCUGCA